UCCAAGAUGGCUUCAGCGGCGCCUUGCCUGGAGUGGGAGCCCUGGAACCGGGUGCAGAUCCCGAGCCCCGGCAGUGUGAGCACAGUGAUCAUAGAAGACAGAGACGGAGUAAUUGGUUCACACGUCAAAGCUGUGGCUCAGGAGUGCUGCGGUGUCAGAAGGUCAUUGAUGAGAAGAGGUCUGGGUGCGGAAACGGGCAUCGUGCGUGCAGUCCUUUACAGUAAUCACAACAAGCUGUGUCACCACAAGCCGUAUUUGGCUCUCACACAGGUAGAACAGUGUCUCAAGCGAAUGAAUUCUGUGAAUAUGGAGGGGUCCAUUCAAGAUCUCUUUGAGCUAUGUCCUAAAGAAGAUAAACUUGAAAAUGCAAAAAAGUACAUCAUUCCCAGCCAGCCAGUUUUGGAGUUUGUGUUAAUGAAGAUUUUGGGAACCUGCAAAUUAAUACUACGUUUAUUAGACUGUUGCUGCAAGACAUUUCUCUUGUCUGUGAAGCAUCUUUGUUUGGAAGAAUUCAUCAUUUUAAACACUGUUAUUAUAGGAUUGGUGAGCAGGGUAUGGGUCUUGUAUAAAGAUGCUUUAAAAAAACUUGUCUCUUUAUAUAAGCCUUUGUUUAGAUUGCUGCAAGAGGUAUCCAGGAUUCAACCAAUGCCUUACUUCAAAAAUUUUACCUUUCCUGCUGAGCUUAAAGAAUUUUUAGGAGAAGCCUAUCUUGAUGUCAUUAAGAAAAAGAUGGAAACUAAAGGAGUAACAAAAUUGCUAGACAAACUAUUUCUAGCAGAAGAGAAAUCUAACAAGCCUAUUGAAGAAAUAGACUUAGAAGUUCCCCCAAAAGCUAAACAAAUGAAGAUAAAGAUGACAGAUAAUGUGGAUAUUGGGAAGGCAGUGCAGAAGAGGAAAAUCUACAGAGAAACAUCAUCAGGAUUUGACCUGAAGGCCUUUUGCAAACGACCAAAGCACAAAGCUACCACGGACACCAACUUCAAACCUGUGUGUUCUGAAAGGAGAGUACGAAAAGCCAUCAACUCAUCCCAGCUGCUGGUAGGAUCCUCUCAUGCCAAAAACCUUGUACUGAGCAUCCGAGAGGCACAGUCUUUUACACAACUUUCAGAAGAAAUCCAAAGGGCCAUUUUCUGGUGUAGACGAAAAAAACUGAAACAUAAAGCCACCUUUCUGGGUAACAAACUUCUAAAAAGUAACCGGCUUAAACAUGUGGAAGCUCAAGGUUGCAGCUUGCCCAAGAAAUUGAACUGCAUAAAAACGUCUAUCUGUAACUUGCUUCUCCAUGACUUGGGUAACAUGUCUUCAAAGCGCCACCUGAGACGAAUCACUUCACAGAAUAAAUGUAUAAAGCAGCAGAGGAAACCACAGAGAAAGCUGCAGCCCACUGUUCUGAAGGAAAUUCAACAGCUUCUUCAUCACACUGAGAAGGUUGUCACAGAGGGAGAUGCCAAAAGAACAUUCUCAGACCUUACAAUUCAUAGACCUGAACUGGCAUCGAAAAAGAGCCGGCUGUUGGACAACAGAAAUGCAAAUCAUAUUGAAAAUUGCAGUGGUGCAGUGAAGUCACCAACAUUGACUCAAGUAAAGGAAAAUAACACUACGUCAGAAACUGUCGGAGACAUGGAUGACAUUGAUGAUAUUUUUUCUUCAUUGGGAGUUUAGUUGUACAUAUAUGUGGAACUGCAUUAGUUUAUUAAGAAAGGAAGCAGCUCAUAAUUAUGUCUGCUAGAUGAGGUUCCAUAGUGCUCCUCUAAGUGGUGGAAGUUCUACACUGUACCCAGAAGCAAUGGAGGUAUCUGCAUUCAUUCAGAAUCAUUCCCCAAGUCCCGCAAACUGACUUUGAGAGGCCUCAGGGCCCCCAAGAGCUUGGACUGUUUGAUUUGUUUACCAAGGAUUCUAGGUAGAUUGGCUUUGAGGAAAUGUGUAUAUUUUGCACCAAACUAGGUACCUAAAAAAUCUGCCUUGGUCAGGACCCAUACUCCUUGGCUGGCUCCAAUGGAACCAGCAUGUUUGCUGUGAAACUGGAAGAUGGAGGUAUCCAAAGGGUCAUUGUUUGAUUUACUGGCUUAAUUAUACUAUAAUGACAUUGCCUCUUGUUAUGUCUGUGGGACAUCAAGAUUUCCUGUUUUGGGUGAUUGUGUUGUCCAGGUUUUAUAUGAUAUAAAUAGAAUUGAUCACCAAGAAAAGUUAGUGUUACCACUGGUCUUAUUACUGGGGCCAAAUUAAAUCAGUUUCCAUUUUCCCAUUUACUUAGGGUUAGGUGCUUUGAAAUGCUUAAUCUCUCCAAUAUAUGGAGUUAGAAUAUGCUGUACUUAUAUCUCUGUUUUGUUUGAAUAAUAGCUUUUUUGGGGUAUGAGCAGGGGGGAUGGAGCAUUUUAUUUCUCUAAAAAAUUGCAAAAAUGUUAA